GAAAACAUCCAAUCAUACAUAAAAUUCAAACAAGAAUACACAAAAGGGAAAAAAGUAUAACUAUACAUAAAAUUCCUUGAUAUCAGGAAGACUUCAAACCAUUUUGAAGAAAUUGAAUAUAUAUAGGGAAAGAGAUAUAGCUAUACCGACAACAAAUAAUUCACACAACAUCAUUAAUAUAAUAUCUUGAAGAUAAAGAGACCUUACCUUAUUAUUGGAGUGACGAAGUGAAUGGAUCGGAAAGAUGAGGAGUAGCGACAGAGUCCAGCACUUAGAUCGAUGGGAGAAGAUGAAGAACCAUGUCAGAGAAGAUGAAGAUUCGUGCGCAGGAGAAAUCGAGGAAUUGCGGAGAAGAUGAAGAACUGUGCACAGGAGAAGAUUGGGGAAUCACAGAGAAGAUAAAGAACCGUGCACAGGAGAAGAUGGAGGAAUCGCAAAACUAUAGCUUUUACUUAAGAAUUGCGUUGGAUCUGCUUAAAUCGGAAAAUGGAAAGAGGUUCACGACGCACCCGGUCGCAAGCUGCGCCGGACUGGACGGCGCAGGAAUCGCUUACGCUGGUGAACGAGGUCAAAGCCGUGGAAGCGGAGUGCGGCGGCACGAUGUCGUCCUUCCAGAAGUGGCAGCUCACUGUCGCCCACUGCAACGCCCUCGACGUCAACCGGAGCAUGAACCAGUGCAAGCGGAAGUGGGAAUCGUUGCUCGACGAUUACCGGAAGGCAAAGAAAUGGGAGUCUCAGUACGGGACGGUGUCGUUUGACGACGAGCGGAGGACGGAUUUAGGGCUUCCCGGGGAUUUCUGUUUGGAGUUGUUCGAAGCAAUUGAUGCUUAUGUGAAAAAAAUACAGGGGAAGGAGGCAAGCGGGGUUGAUACGGACCCUGACAGUGAUCCUGAAGCUCAGUUUGAUGAUUCCAUCUUUCUGGAAAGUGGCUCAAAGAAGCAACGUCGAAGAAGCAACAAUGAGAACCAUAGGGCAGAGGAAACGGCUUUACCCGGCAUUGGAUUGGACGAAAAACCCAAACUUCCCAAGAUUCAGCAGGAGACAAAUUAUGAACCUUCCCUCCUUGUCCUUGAUGAUAAGGCCAAAUCCCCAGAGAACAGAGACGAAAACAUGGAGGUGGCUGAGCAAGUGCCCUGUGAAGGUGAAAAAGGAAUGGCGGCGUUAUUAACUUUGCACAAAAAUGCACAGCUCAUCAAUGCCGUAGUUGAAGGCGAACUGAAGUAUGCCGCAGCUGAUCAUACUGAUCUGGUGAGGCUCCAAGCGGAUCAGCUCAUUGAUUGUCUUGGAACAAUUUCAGAAACCCUUUGUCAGCUCUGUGAGAUGGUGCAACAAUGUAAAUAGUUUGGACAAAGCUUACAGUUAGUUCCCUUCAUAUUAUUUGUAGGGAUCACAUUUGUUUUUGCUUUACCUGUCAUUGUAUGUUAUAUGUAAUUUUUUUUUUAGAAAGGAGAGUAAAAGUGUAAAACAAGACUAUAUUUUAUUUAUUUGUUUUCCUCUUUUCUUAUUACCAUUCCAAAAUAGGAUGAGGUAAAUACAUUUUAUUUUAUAUGAGUAUAUAUUUUUUCUAUAUAGAUUUCAAUGAAAUUGUUCUACUUUC